UCACUGUGAACAAUGAGGACCAUUUUUCUUCUCUGUGCCACCUUUGCUCUGAGCCUUGCAGCAGAGCCAGUAAAGGAGGAGCCAGCUGCUCCAGAAACACACCAAGAUGGGUCAGUCAAGAUGUUAGACAGGACAGAGGAGAAGGAGGAGGAGGUGAUAGAAAAGAUUCAGGGUGAUGCCAAGCGGAACAGCUGCCCGCCCGGCUGGUCCAAAUAUGGAUCCAGAUGUUUCAUCUACAUCCACAAAGAGGUGCCCUGGGUAGAUGCAGAGAAAUUCUGUGUGCGUAACGGUGCCAAUCUCGCCUCUGUGCAUAACCCAGGAGAGUAUGAAUUCAUCCAGGAGGUUGUAAGGGGGAGCACAGGGCGCUUUCCUCAAGCCUGGAUCGGCGGGAAUGAUGCCAUAAAGGAUUUUGUUUGGCUCUGGAGCGAUGGGUCAGGGUUUUAUUACCAGGAUUGGAGCAUGGCUGAGCCUGACAAUCAUGAAAACAGCGAGAAAUGUGUUGUGAUGAACCGACCAGGUACAGUAACACUGUGCGAUAACAACCUUCACACUUUCGUGAAACCAGCUCACUCUUUGCAGGGAACAUAUCACUUCUAUAAUACUAACUGUAACUCUUCUGUCUCGUCUGCCUCUCAGAUGACCUCCUGUGGGGGGAUGUGAACUGUGAGCUGAGGCGUUCCUUCGUCUGUGGAACAAGACCAGUUUAAGUAGUCAGAAUGUAGAAAUUCUUAUUGCAGCUGCUGAUGGAAAAUCAUAGAGUGAUUUCCUGUAGUUUAGUUGGAGGGGCACAAGAUACUGGAUCACACAACAAUGUCAGAAACAUACAAAAAAAUUCUAUACUCAGUCAUCAACUACUAUAAUCUAACAUCCGUUUCAUAACAGCAGUCACGUUCAGUGUGUUGUUUGUCUAAAUGCUGUGAAAAAAUGUAAAAAAAAAUG